ACUGCACCGCUCGCGCUCCCUCCGGCUCGCCGCGCCCUCGCUCCCUCUCCUCGCCCCCUCGCUCGUUCUCUCCCCACAACGAGGCUGUCGGGGGUCCUUUCUUACUUCCCCCCCGCCUCUCCUCAGCGCCGCGCCCCCGGGUCCCCGCCCCAGCCCCGCGGCGGGACCUCCGGGGUCGAAGGUUCUGGCCCGCCCGCGCCCCUCGUCGCCCCCGCGCGCCCCCAGCGCGCCUCCAGCCGGCUCGGGCCGCUCGGCGAUGGAUCGCCUGCUCGCCGGGCGCUGAAGGCAUCCCCGGGACCCGGAGCGCUGCCCGGGAAAGAGACGCACAGUGGUAUUGAUGAGUAGAUCCUUAUAUUCAGAGGUCAGCUGAAAAGCACCAUGCCUGCUUCCAUCUUUUGCUCCAGACAGUUGUGAAUUGCUCAUGCCUAAAGGGAGGAAGGAUGGCACAUGGGAUUCCUUCUCAAGGCAAAGUUACCAUAACGGUGGAUGAGUAUAGCUCAAACCCCACCCAGGCAUUCACACACUACAACAUCAAUCAGAGCAGAUUCCAGCCUCCACAUGUGCAUAUGGUCGACCCCAUCCCAUAUGAUACUCCAAAACCAGCGGGCCACACGCGGUUUGUCUGCAUCUCAGACACACACUCCAGAACAGAUGGUAUCCAGAUGCCUUAUGGGGACAUCCUUCUCCACACAGGCGAUUUCACCGAGCUGGGACUGCCCUCAGAGGUUAAGAAGUUUAAUGACUGGUUAGGAAACUUGCCAUAUGAAUAUAAAAUAGUGAUUGCUGGAAAUCAUGAACUGACAUUCGAUAAGGAAUUCAUGGCAGACCUUGUUAAACAGGACUACUACCGCUUCCCCUCUGUGUCCAAAUUGAAACCAGAGGACUUUGACAAUGUUCAGUCCCUCCUGACAAACAGUAUUUACUUACAAGACUCGGAGGUAACAGUGAAGGGAUUCAGGAUAUAUGGUGCACCUUGGACUCCGUGGUUUAAUGGAUGGGGCUUUAACCUACCCAGAGGUCAAUCUCUGCUGGACAAGUGGAACCUCAUCCCUGAGGGCAUCGACAUACUCAUGACACAUGGACCUCCUCUAGGUUUUCGAGACUGGGUUCCAAAGGAACUUCAAAGGGUGGGUUGUGUGGAGCUUCUAAACACUGUCCAAAGGAGAGUCCGGCCCAAGCUGCACGUCUUUGGGGGAAUUCAUGAAGGUUACGGCAUCAUGACCGACGGUUACACGACGUACAUCAAUGCCUCAACAUGUACAGUCAGCUUUCAACCAACCAACCCUCCAAUUAUAUUUGACCUUCCCAACCCACAGGGUUCCUGAAGUUCUAAAGGCCCUGUUGGAACGUGAGGGAAAGUCGAUAAACUGCCAUUUUUCUAAUUAUAAACUUACAUUCUCUUACUCAUUUAUUUCCAGAUUCUGUGAGUUCUUUUUGUAAAUUGUCGGAACACAAAUGAUGCUAGAGGUUGUGCUUCUUUUUUAUUUUUUCAUCCAUUUGAAAUCAAAGGAGCCUUGUGAAUUUGUAAAAAAGAAAAAAAAAUGACUUCUCUUUUCUCAAAGGCCACGCCGUUGUAAAUUGUUAGUGUUCGCCAAAGGGACAGCCAAGCUUUCUUUUAAAAAAUGAUGAAAGUCUUAUUUUAAUAUGCUUUAAGCUGGAAAAAAAAAGAAAGGGAAAAGAAAACAGGUAGGCAGUGUUAAAAACCAUUCAGAUUUGCACAACUGUUUAAGAGUAUUAUUUGAAGUAUUUUAUAUUUUGAUAUUUUUUGUUGUAUUCUUGGAAAUGUUUUCUUUCUGCAGAUGUGGCCCAAUUUAAAGAACCUUCUCACCAGAAAUGGGCUUGGAAAAAGACUUCUCUUCACACUCUUGCUAUCAAGAAAACCAUGUCAAGGGAAGAAAACGGCCCUUGUUUAAAGGAUGGCUUAGCUAGUGAGAUCCAUAUCAUGGUUAUACAAAGUCUCAUUGUCUGCUUCUCUCUUUUAAAUUAUUUUAGCUUUAAAAACAUGGAAAUGGAAUCUGUCAAGAGCAGGUAUUUCAUGCAGUAAAAGGAAAACAAGUCUUCAGACUCCUUUUCAACAUGGGUUUAUAUAUAUAAGUAUUUUUUGUGUAUUAUGAUUAUGUUAGGAAUUUAAUAUUGCCAAGGACAGUACAACUGCAAAGGAAUGCUGUACAGCAGCGCAUCAGAAGUCUGAAAAAAAUUGACACACUUUUUCAAAAUUCAAGGUCUUAAAGAGCUUGAGUUAAAUCUAGGUACAAUUAUCAAUGUGUAUAGAUGUACGUGGAUGCAAUGGAAGCGAACUAAAAUAAGGCUUAGUUGUCCUUUCUAUUUAAGUACCGUGGAUUGUCUUCUUCCUCCCUUCGCCCACUCCCAUUUUGCACUGUGUGUCGAUGCAAUCUUCACUAGCACAAAAUAUUGUCGCUAAUAGUUAUUUCUGUUUUCCCAUUGUAAAUGCUGUUGAGCUUUAUUCUAUUUUAUGUUAUCUUGUUCAUGAAAUUUAGGAAAGCAGUUGUUUCUUUAAAUUUAUUGUGAUAUUCUAUAUCUAGCGGCCUUUAUAUGCAAAUAAAAUUGCAAGAUUUUUAAA